CUGACCCUCUGAUGGAGGGGAGACAAAGAAUUUACCCACGCGCAACCAGAGUAUUGGCCAUCAUUGAGGGCAAUAGACGUCCAAUCCUAUAAAGAGUUAAAUGUCUUAACAUUCCCAUAGGAAAAGGCAACUUUUGUCCACUGUAAUAACCACUGUCCCUUGAAAGGUUCAUCAUGGCAUUCCUUGUUUCAUUGACAAAAAUGAGUUUGACAAGAGAAAAAUGUGGCUCUGGAGCUGCAGGCUUGGACAUCUAUCAUCAAUAAGGCACUGAAAGAGUCCAAAAUUCUCCCAGUACCUGAGCUCUCAGUUGACGCGGGUCUGGCCCAGAGGUAGAGGAGCAGCACCAGUAGGCGGAUGUGGACUCUCCUCACAGUCAUGGUUCACGGCACUGGAACAGAAAGGGAACGCUACAGUUAACACAGCAGGAAGAUGCUCGCAAAGAAGAUAAUUGAAUUCACGCCCGCUGAUGGUUGCUGACAUCUUACGUGUCCUGGUGCGUGGUAUCGGAUGCGGAGGAGCAGAAGUGCGCCGACCUGGCCGGAAACGCCACUGCCCGGAAUAUCCGAGGGUCUCUGCAAUGUGUUCGAGGCGUCAAUUCCAGAGACUGCAUGCUCAAAAUUCAAAACGGUAGCGCAGACGCGGCCUCCAUGUUUGCGGAUGACAUCUACGCCGCUGGUCUGUGUCACCAGCUGGACGUGGCGGCAGGGGAGUCAGUCAAUGGAGUUGACGGCGUAAACUACUAUGUGGUGGCGUUGGCACGGCGCUCGUCGUCCGACCUGUCACUGCUGGAGAUGCACGAACGCAGUUCUUGCCACCCGGGCAUGCGCACCACGGUGGGCUGGACCGUGCCUGUGGCCUACCUUCUCAAUACCUCGCAGAUCAGCAUGCAGGGACACCAGUGUAACUUCCCCCGCGCGGUGGGGAACUUGUUCGGCUACAGUUGCGUGCCAGGCGUCAAGGAUCCCCAACACGACCCCCGGGGCAACAACCCCAAGAACCUGUGUGAGGCCUGUAUCGGUGACGACAACGAUCGACACAUUUGCGCCAGCAACCCCCGAGAGAGACACUACGGCGAGGCGGGGGCCCUCAGGUGCGUGGCGGAGAACCUGGGCGACGUUGCUUUUGUCAAACACACAACGGUCUUUGACAAUUUGGAAGGCCGUAACCAAGAGUCUUGGGCUCUGGACGUGGAGGCAGAGGACCUGAAGCUUCUUUGUCCAGACGGCGGCGAGGCGGACCUGGACGACUUCCGCCUGUGUCACUUGGCAACCGUGCCUGCCAACGGUGUGGUGGUACGCCCGCACGAUAAAUGUCGCGUCUGGAAGUUCUUGGAACGACUGCAGAACGUGUUUGGCAACGCCACGGACGGCUUGAGCAUGUUCAGCUCUGCCGGCUACGCCGACUCUGACGUGCUGUUCUCUGACUCUGCCCGCCGCCUACUGAGGGUAACGGGGGACUUCACGUCCUGGUUGGGGCCCUCCUAUACCAGCGCCCUGCAGGCCUUCGAGUGCGAAGGCUUCUGCUGAUGAAAGGAGGCGGACCGACGUCUUCCGUCUCGGUUCAUUUUGUUACAGCAUCACUCACUUCCACAGCAGAGGGUUUGGCGGAAAAUACUACUUUUUUUUUUAAACAAUUUGUUGGAUUUUUCUUGUUAAAUAGGUUCAAUUUUAGAGAAUAUUUCAGAUUUUUGGGGGAAAAUACUUGUGUUUAACAUGAGAUUUUAGGCAAUUUUAAGUUUCUGUUAAAAAAAAAAAAAAAAAAGUGUACCAUUGUUCCGGGAGCUCAAUUGGAACAAGUUGGGAGUUGAACCAACAUUAAAAAAAUAACAAUAAUAAUAAUGAUGAUGAAAGAAAGAAUAAAUCAAAUCUGAAACAUAAACAAAAAGUGGGUGUUGUUGAUACCCUAGUAUCCCUAAUAUAUAAUUAAAUAUGUAAUGCAAAAACGGCUCUUUUAGUUAAAAAAAAAAAAAAAAAUCCAUAUUGUGUACAAUUUUGCUUUUUCCUCACACAUGACUGGCAACGCAAAAUAGAAUUAUUAUCUCAGCAAUGUUUGUUUUAAGUGAAAAUUUAAAGAUUGGGAGAUUAAGAUUACGAUGAUCAGGAUUUCAUAACAUUUAGGGAUUUUUUAAAAUGUGUGAAUUUUUCAAUUAGAAAAAAAAAAAUCAAUGUUACAACAAAAUGAUUUUUAAAAUUUUUGGUGACAAACAGUUGAAAUAUUUCGGAUUUACAUCAUUCAAAAAGCAUUGAAAACAACUCCCAAAUAAAGUAGGAAUAUAUUCAAAAAAAUAUUUCACAUUUUUUAAUUUACAGAUGACAAAAUUUUGGGGAAAAAUGUUAUCUAUAUUCUUUUGCGAUGGGUUAUUUCCCUUGCAUCAUACAUACAGACGAGUGAAGCUUGCUAUUAUCUUUAUUCAAUAAAAACAAGUGCAAAUUUGAGGGUUUCCUUUUUUUCUCCAUUGGAAAUGAAUGGGGAUUUUUUGGACAAAUUUUGGUGGAACUGUAUAUUUUUGGCAAAAAAUACACAAUUUUUCGAUUUCCUGAAUUUCUAUUGUAUAAAUUAGUUGAAUUGAAUAAAAAUG